CACAGAGCACCUGUCUAACUGGUAGUUUCCACCACAGCAAUGGAUGGGUAGGUGGAGAGGAUGAGAUUUAGAGGGAGGAGAGAAAAACUGCCUUUAAAAAGAAGAUUAAAACAGGUUACACAUCUCAUUCUAGAGGAAAUCAGACUCACACACACACACACACAGUGUUUUGGACUAUGGCUUCCACCGCCUUGGUUGAUGUUCUGCCCACAGGUGGCAGGAUCUUCACCUCCAUUCCUGACAUUUUCUUCAUCCCUGAGUUUGUGUUUGGAGGUUUGGUGUGGACCCUGGUGGCAUCGACUCGUGUCUUUCCGGAAAACCCUCUGGGCUGGGUGAUGUUCGUGUCCGUCUUCUGCUUCAUAAUGACGACACUCUGGUUCCUCAUCUUCCUCUGCGGAGCCAAUCAGAGCAGCAUCUGGCCCUCCCUGGAUGUGGGUUAUCAUUUUGUGGCGGUGAUUUUCUACCUCAGUGCGUCGGUGGAUCUGGCGUACACCAUCAUUUUGAUUACAAGUAAAUUAUCUACCAAAAUCUACCAACUGGACAUUGCUGCAGUGGUAAUGUCCUUUCUGGCCACUCUUCUCUACUUCCUCCAUGCCAUUUUCUCUGCCCUCCGAUGGAAGAGAUCCUAAUAAAACAAAACACCAACCCGAAGACCAAAAAGAGAAGAAAACAACUACACCUGUCAUUGGACUAAUGACCUUUUCUAUUUUUGUGCUUUUCAUUUUCAUGAUAAUUUGCACCAAAGUGCCAAAACAUCAAACUAAUGAAUGAGUGGAAAACAAGCAGGUUAUUGAUAAAUGUUACUUGGUCUGGUUAGUGAGGUAGGCCUGCACAUUAUUAGCCCACAAUUUACUUUUUUCUUAAUCAGAAAGGCAGCAGUUUAGUCAGAAUAGAUGAAAGUGAAAUUAACCUGUUCAAGUUCAAAUUUGUUUGUCAGAAAUAAAUAUGGUAUGAGGAAGAUGGAUGAGUGUAAAUAUCAAAUUAAACCACAAAUUUAAUUAAAUUAAAUAUUUAGAAGCAGGUACAACAUUAUGCUAUUUUAGGAUAGGUUUAUGAGGACAUCCAAAUACAUUACUUACUGUAUUAUUUCACCAAAUAAGAGAAUUACAAAAAAAAACAUAUUUUCUUACUACUAACGUUGCUGAAUUUUACAAAGGUAAGCUUCCAAUGCUGUGACCACCACAAAUUCUAUCUCAUUCACGUCUACUGUAUUUGUUUUUUCAAGAGGGAUAUCUCAAAACCCGAGCAAAUAAAACCAAAACUAUAUGCUUGGUUAGAUACCACAGUGGGUAAGUGAGAAAAUGUUCUUUAGUAAUUUGUGUGAAUCGGCCUUUGAAUUAAAGUAAAGGUUCAGAUAUUUACAAGUCUGUUUUGUUAAUUACUGGCAAACUUUGGCUCCAGCUGGUCAAAUUACACGUUAAAGGAGUAGUCCAGGGGCGCCCCUGUAGCUCACUUGAUAGAGCACGAACAACCUUAUUGCAGUCGGCCCUGGCCCUUUGCUGCAAGUCAUCCCCUCUCUCCCCUGCCUUUCCUGUCUCUCUCUACUGUCCCUAUCAAAUAAAAAAAAAGGUGUACUCCAGUGAUUUAGUAUUGCACUUCAAUAAAGUUGUGAGAAACAUCCAAAAUAUCCUCAUUUUUAUUCCCUACAGUAAGAUGAGUCCAGCUGAAAAAAUAAUACUAAUACUAAUACUAAUAAUACACUUCCCAUAAUGCAUCUCAAUAGCAUCUUUCAUUAGACCCCACAUGGCAAACUCCCAUGUCUUUCAAACUCCACGCCCAUAGUUUGUACAGUUUGUCAUGCAGUCUUUCGUUUAUGAAGUCUCCAAGCCCAAACUGAGAUGAUCCCUAGUGACAUCAUCAGGGUUACUUUCUUACACUUAAAUAUAUGGAAAAUCAGUGGAGUGCCCCUUUAAAUAGUCCCAUGAGAAGGUUCAUUUCAACUGGAUGUCUAGUAAAUUCAGUGGCCACAUGGUGACUGGGUUUCAGUGUGUCCAACUUAUUCAUCUGAUGGGGAACAAGAUAAAAUCAUUUACUUGUUAGCUGUUAAAACUACAGAACACACUAGAGUAUUUUGUGGCUUUACAUCACUCAGCAUAGAGUAAUUAAGGUGUCAUUGGUCAUUGAUGACUAUACUGUACAGGUAAAAUUACCAAUGACCACAAAACUUGGUGUACUUCUUAAAGGAAGUUUCAUAAUCUUUAUAAAGAUGUACUACAGAUCAAAAAUUAAUGCCAGAAGUUUGGCUCCAGCUUGCAGUAAACAUUUCUACAAAUCAAAGAGACUUAAAAGCAUUUCACUAGAUAGUGUACAGGCCAUUCAAUAGUAGAGCUUAGUGUUAGCAUAGCACAGUACAUUUAAAUUGCUAAUAAAUCCUAGGAGUUCUGUUCCAUUCAAAAUCUGAAACUUUGAGUAUUUAAAGGACUUGAUUGGAGAGAGGAAUGUCCUUUAUUUCCUGCAUGUUUUCCCCAUGUUUACGAUGAACAAAAGACAAAAUGUAUAAAUAUAAAUGGAUAAACGACUCUCCCUCUUGACUACCACGAGUCUCUUUUUAUUAAAUUUGAAUAUAAUAACUUUAGUGUAUGUUUUUUUUUUCGUUUUGAAAGGCUCAGUUUGGACGGUUUGAAUGGAUGUUUUAUUGUUUGCAUUUUUAUGAGCACUUACCAAAAUUCAUAGGUGUAAAUAUUUAGAUGAUUUCACUUUACAUGUAUUUUUGGAAUCUAUGAUGUGAAAUAAAUUAAUUGGACAUUUAAA